GGAAAAAUAGCGCACCGUUGGGUAAACUCUACCACAAAUAUCGAAACUAAAAAAGCAAUCUCAACCGCAAAUCAAGCUUAGAAAAAAGCACAAAGUCCAUAGUUGGCAAUUCUUUGAAAACCUUUACAGCUGAAAAAGACGAAGAAAUUCACAUCCGCGCUCUGAGGCAUGAAAUGGCUACCAUGAGCUAUGAUGAAAAGCUUGCGCAUUGGGUUGGAUGUGCUGCAACGCGGUUGAACUUAAUUCAGAAUCAAAACAACCCGCAAUCGCCAAGCAACAUAUUCGACCUUUGGCCACAGUUCAAAAAUCCAGAUGGCUAUAGGAUGAUCGAAGCUGAUUUUGUAUUUAUACACGGUCAGAAAAACGAAUUACUUGAUUCCCUUGACGCGUUCGUAGAUGUGAUGGUGGAGGAAAUAUUCCCGAAACAUCGUGAGUCGUUCAAGUCAUCUGAAGACAACGACAUGUUGAACAAACUUUCUGACAAAAGCAACAAUCUAUUACAAACCGCUAUGACGUUCCGACUUAUGCAUACGCUACUACCUUUUUCGCGGAUCGAAAGGAAGUUAACAACAGAUCCCAAACGACGAUUCUACAGUAUUCAGGAAUCGAGAGAGGCGUUCCUAACUAUUUGCGCUACUGAAACCGAGUAUAAACAGAAAUAUGAUGAGAAAGUGAAGCGUGAGUCCUGUAUUCCACCUUUUAUGACACUUAUUGGAACUAUAGAGAACUUCCAUUCAAUCAUGGUAGACUUUGAGAACAUAACAUAUAAGCUCUACAGCUUUGCAAAGGCUGUAGAUGUAUGUUUCAAAGCAUACCAGCUGUUUAACAUGGCUUACCCACCCAAGUGUAAGCACUUGUGGGAUUUUUUGAACAGAGCAUUCUAUAAAUUGGAAUACGAAGGUGCAAGAACGAAGCCACAUACUUUCGUACUACUUAAUGAACUUAACGCUGCAAAAAUCAGAAGAUCUAAGCAACCAGCUGCCGAUGCCUGA